AAAAGUGAAUAAUACUCUGUACUGUAGUGAAAUUUCAGAACUUAUUGUUAAGUCUCUGCGUGAUUGUUAAUAUUAAUUACUUUUGAUUUGUCUAGGCGCUUUGUUUCUUAUUCACGAACUAUUUCUCAUUUUCGUGGGAUUGACGGGUCAGGAUUUGUUGAAUAUGUUACGUCAGCGUGUUCCCUCGUGCACACGCCAGACCAGGACCGCUGCAGCAGCACGUGAGCGCAGUCGCAGCCAACCCGCAUCCUCCCGCGUCUUCAAACAGCCUGCCCGUCGCCCCAAACCCCAGCCGGUGUGGAACGAUAAUCAGACCGAUCUGGACGCCUACCGUGCCACAACGGCCGAGAGGAAACAGCGCCACAUUAGUCGCACAUCUAAGAAUCUCGGAGCGGCCCGCGUCGAACUCCAGGAACAAAAGAUUCGUAACGAAUUGCGACGUGAAGGGGAAAGCAAAAAACUGCAAAAGCAUGGCGCGAUCGUGAAGGAAGUCAGCGUCAGCAUGGUGGAGAUUGUGCAUCUACUGGAUGAGACAGAUCGGGUGCUGCGGGAAGCCCAGCAUCUGCUGAAACAACACAAAGCCGGAGCGGUUCUCGAUCUCGACGGACACGUGAUAAGGGGUGAACCGGUGGAAAAGCGCUAGUUUUCCUCAUGGGUGCCGCUUCGAAAACUGAUAUGAACGCUUGGAAAACGGCCGGGAAUCGUUGGGAUUAAAUUUUACAUUUGGAAUAUCAUAUACAAGAAACAGCCUCGGCUUCGCCUCCGCGUUUCUUGGGUUCUAAACUCCUUGGCCGGUUUACGGAUUGUUAACUUAGAACGGAUAAAUCUGAAGAGCCCGAUAACAAAAAUUUUGUAAAACAAUGGAUGUUUUGGUUUCAUGCAGUCGAACGCAAUUACUUUGACUUUACAGAUCAUUUUUGUUAAAUUUUCUUAGCGAAAACCCAUCCGAAUCAAAUCACCCACGAGAGUAUCACAUUACAA